AUGGAUAAAAGGAAUGAAAUCAUAAGUUCAGGAAAUUCACCUUUACUUAAAUUUUCAUCUUCUUUCUCUCGAAAUAGAGACGCAGACAAAGAACAAAUGUCUAAUAAUGAAUUCGUGAAAUUUCAAGAUAUACUUGCAAAACCUUUUCGAAGUUCACUUUGGCGAAUUUUGAAGAAAUUUCAAGAUGAAAAUGGACAUAGAUUUAUACCUAUGUAUUUUGGAGAAGGAAACAAAAAGAAUGGUGCAACGCAGAAUAUAAAUGUUAAAUCAUCUGAACAUCCCAUCUCAAGUAGGAUUGGAGAAUCACUUUAUCAUCCCACUUUAAGACAACAUUUGUGUCCUCUGACAGGAGAUAAACCUGUACUCGGUCGAAUCGUAGCUGAUUCACCACUUGUCGUACGUUUUGACAUCUAUCCUGAUCCGCGAAUUUUAGGAAUAAUCUCGUCAGCGAGGUGCGAAGAAUUAUUGUUAUAUUACGAUUCAUACUUACAACCGUGGGCAGGAGCAAUCCCUUCUGUACAAGAAUUAUCAUUACCUGGAACACGUUGGACUUCAACAUUCCUGCUUUCAACUGUCUUAUAUCUUGCAUCAAGAUUUAGCAAUGCAAUCACAAAUUCUCAAGAAGAGCAACUUUUAGGAAUGCAUACACGUUCACUCGCAAUACGUGCAUUUGGAUGUGCAGAUCAAAGUUUAGAAACACUAACUGCUCUUCAUCUUCUUACCGUUUGGAAAGCUCUUGAUGAUGGUUAUUCUCAAUUGUAUGUAGGAUAUGCAGAUCAAAUUGCAAACAUAUCUAGAACAGGUGGAAGCAAUGGAAGCCCUUUAUCAGAAAAAGAAGCAAGAGAUAUAUUACGAAUUCAACUAUUUCAUUAUGUUCAAAGGAGUACAUUUCAAUUAUUUUACGUUCCUUUGAUAAAUGAAAUAAUGGAUCAAGAUGGUUUUAUUUUACCUUUUCCGAUUUCUUCAUCUCCUCCUCCGCCACUUCUAGCUUUAGAAAGAUUUGCAGCUGGAAGUGCGACUUCAUUAUCGGAUUGGCAACUUUGUGCGACAGUUGAAGGUCGUUCAAUUCAAAGUAAAUACAGAGACCUACUCGAAAAAUAUAAACCAGGUCGAUUUGGUAGAUCACGUAAUUUAUCGGGAGAACAAAUUGCACUUUUAGAGGCCUUUUUUUGCGAAAUGGAAGCAUGGGAAUAUCGUUGGCGCAGACGGCGAUCUAGAAUAAGUGAAUCGAAAAGAAGUUCAAGAACUCCUGUUCAAAGAGAAGAAGAUAGAACACAAGCAGAAUCGGAAGUGUAUCUAUCAGCAACUGAAAAUGAUCGAGGUUGGAUCAGAUUUGAAAUCCUGGGUAAUAGCAUUUGUUUACAUAUUUCUUCUCUCGCUUUUCGACAAUGCAUUGAAGUUUGGUUCGAAACAUUUCCUCAAACCAUCUUUCAAUCAAUCGAAAAAGCGUUGGCUGAAAUGAUUCAACGUACGUAUCAAGCAUGUAUUGAUAGCGCAAUUGGUCUGUUGGAAAAAAUUGUUUCGAUAAAUCCUCUUUCUCUUGUCCAUAUGCCGGAUACGGAUUUCAUAAUGCUCAAUUAUGCAGCAAUGUUUGUCGUUUAUUUGCUUUUAUUACCUUCAGAAAUAGAAGAUGAUAUUCAAGAACCAUCCUCAAGACAUUCAAUUUCAAAAGAGGAAUAUCUGAUAAACCUUCUCAGUGGAUAUACGAUAAAAUUUAAAGAAUAUCUGGAAUUAAUAAAAGUCGUAAAAGAUAGUGUUGAACGUGCUUCGCAAACUCGGCCGGAAUCUACUUGUUGCUUUUUAAGCUCCGAACAAUUUAAAAGCCUCGUUGCUUUAUUCGAAGCAACUAUUCAAGGUCCGACGCUGACAAAAGAGACAUGAGAAAAUGCCUAAAUACUUGAAAUUUUAUUUGUAAAUACUUUGUUUUGAAAAAAAGGCAGCCUGUCUGUCCUUAUCUUUGGAAAGACAUCUGCUUGAAUAAAUAUCAGAUGGCUUCUGCAAUGGCGCG